AUGAAGCUUAUCGUUUAUUGCUUGGUGCUGAUUUUGAUUGUUGGAUCACUGGGGUCCGCAAAGGAUGGUAAAUUGAGGAUCGGAGUGAAGAAAAGACCAGAAUCGUGCAGUGUGAAAGCGAAGAAAGGCGACAGUCUGACAAUGCAUUACACUGGGACCCUUGAGGAUGGAACUGAAUUUGACAGCAGUAUACCCAGAGGUGAACCCUUUGUUUUUACUCUUGGAGCGGGACAAGUAAUAAAAGGGUGGGAUCAAGGUCUUAUUGGGUAUGCAUAUGUACCUACUGCAAGUGUAAUGUUGUUUUAUCUCAUUUCUUUCUGUGUCAUGGUGAACGUAUUAUAUGUAGUUUGUAUCUUUAAUUAAUAGAGUAAAUUUGACUAGCUAUGGUCAUUGCUCAGUAUCUCUAAGAGCAGAUUGUUCUUGCUUUUGCCCAGCCAGCAGAGUGG